AUGGAGCCCAGAGCGGCAAUCAAGCGCAUUGGCGAGGAAGACGUGCGCAAAAUUUUCACUGCACAAGUGAUUCAAAAUUUGGCCAGCGCCCUUCGACAAUUAGUGGAUAACGCGAUCGAUGCGGAGGCCACUUUUAUUGAAGUAAAAUGCACAAAUUAUGGAUACGAUUUGUUGGAGGUUGAUGAUAACGGGCGAGGUAUUUCGAGCAACAACUUCGACGUGCUUUGCCAGCCCCAUGCCACAAGCAAGCUGCGAGAGAUCGACGAUUUUCAAACAUUGGGCACGCUUGGAUUCCGCGGAGAAGCUCUGCAUUCACUUGCUAGCUUAUCGAAAUUGACGGUUUUCACGCGAACGGCGGAGGAUGCGUUGGGAACCAAGCUGGUUUAUGAUCAAAAGCCGCAGAUUUCGGAGCGAUCUCAGCAAGCCCGUCAGGUUGGGACUACAAUCUCCAUCAAUUCCUUGCUCUUCACACUGCCCGUCCGGAGGAAGGAAUUCGAGCGAAACUCAAAGCGAGAAUUCUCGCAUUUGUUGGCUGCGAUGCAGGAAUAUGCCCUGCUAUCCCCGACGAUCAAAUUCGUCUGUACGAACACUGUCAAUGGCAAGCGCAACGUUCUCAUCUCGACCCCUGGAGGCACGGCAAGCAUGAAAGAGGUGGUUGUAAGUCUAUUUGGAGGCAGCUCUGAUCGCUCAAAAAUGGUCCCUAUCGAAUGGGAUGGGAAACUUGAUGAGGCCGUUGCCCACAAUUAUUCCAUAGACGCUGGAAGCGCAGAGCAGAGUGAGAUUAGUUUUGGCGGCUUCAUCUCCUCCUGCGAGCAUGGUAACGGCCGGAGUUCCGCCGAUCGUCAGUUCGUCUUCGUGAAUGGUCGUCCCGUGGAUUACCCAAAGGUAGCACGCGCGAUAAAUGAGAUCUACCAACAAUAUAACAAGGCUCAAUAUCCGAUUCUCGUGCUGCCGAUUAAAGUCCCCGCAGAAAUGCUAGAAGUCAAUGUGACCCCGGACAAACGGACUGUCUUUGUCGCCAAGGAAAAGCUGCUUUUGGCCUCGGCUAAAUCGGCGAUCCUUCAAACCCUACAACCGCUUCUUGGGGCCCAGACGACCGUUUGCAAGCAGAAGGAUGAGCCGGGCACCCCGGGCGUUCCCACCGGUGUUCCUAGCAUUUUUGAUGUACUCAAGAAUGCCGCGUCGGGUACGAAGCGCCCAAUGCUGCGGGAUGUUUCGAUCGGGCUCAAACGGCCGAAACCGUUUUCCAGUGGUUCGUCACAUGAUACUCCUGGCUCACUACUACAAACCAGACUCACUUAUUUUAGCCCUAUUAUCUUGGAAAAGGAGAAAAAUCACGAAAAAGAGCCGACCCCUGAAUCGAGCCAGACGUUGGCUUUGGAGGCAUCAGACCCGCCUGUGGACGGGAGAUCUGUAAGUGCUCCUGCAGUAGAAUUGAUGGCGACCCGCAGUCGCUCUCCAAUGGUCGCCAGAAUGUCUCCGCAAAAACCGAGCACUUCUGCAGCUGGCUUUGCCGAUGCUGAGAAAGAGAACCUUGCUUGGCCAACGACUACGGUAAAACAGGAGCCGCUCUCCCAGUCGGUUUUUGAACGGCCAAAGGCGGUGUCAGAUCCGGAAGAAGAGCUGACCAUCGUAGCAUCGUCUCAAACUGCCCCGAAAGUCCGCUACAGGACCUCACAAAUGUUACCAAUCGACAGCGACAAGUAUUUUGAGAGACUAACGGCCCUGGCAGACCGGAAAUCCCACAAAACGGAGACCGCCAAACAAAUUGUUUUUGACGAUGCCAUCGCGCCAGCUCAAUCGGAAGAGGCAACACGGGAGCUCGACAAGGCUUUAUCCAAAACUGACUUUGCUGAGAUGGAAGUGAUCGGCCAGUUCAACCUUGGCUUCAUCAUCACCAGACUGCAGAAUCAUCUCUUCAUCGUUGACCAGCAUGCAGCCGACGAAAAGUACAACUUUGAGCGCUUCCAGAAGUCCGCGAAAGUUUGCACACAAAAGAUGCUCCGACCUAUUCCACUACAACUCGGCGCAGUCCAAGAGUCGGCCCUCCAAGAAAACCUGCGGAUCUUUGAAGCAAAUGGAUUUGAGAUCGAGUUCCGGGAUGAUACCGCCUAUCUGGCUGCGUGCCCCGUGUUGUCCAAGUAUCAAUUUGAUCGUUCCGAUAUUGAUGAAAUUCUAUCGGCUGUUAUGGAGCAUCCCAGCGAAAUGUAUAGACCGCGGAAGUUGAGAAAGAUUUUUGCUAGCCGCGCCUGUCGGACAUCUGUUAUGGUCGGCGAUGCGUUGACGCAGAAUAAAAUGGAAGAGAUCGUAGCCCACCUCGGCACUCUCGAUCACCCUUGGAACUGUCCUCAUGGUCGUCCGACGCUGCGGCACCUCGUUGAUUUGAAGAACCUCCAAUUCCCUCGUCCA